AUGGUGUCGGUUGAUUCUAUGCCGAGCGAUACUGACAAAAAUAAAUCUACUAAAAAUGGAGCAAAUUCCAUCACAGUGAUGUCUGGAUAUUCUGACAAUGGAGAUAACUUGUCAGUCGAUCAGUCCUCUAAAAAAAGUAAAUUAUCAAAUCUGAAAGGGGCAGUCUUUAUUACCUCCCUUGCUGGGUUUUCUCUUCUUUUCGGAUUUGGAGCAACCCUCGCCAUGGCAAAGAAGAAAGACCCUGCAAUGUUUGCAAAGACUCUGGUUCCAAGUCGAGAAAUUCCUGAAACAGGCCAUUCUUUUGCUGCUCGAGCACUUGCCUGGGGAACAUUAUAUUCCGUUUCUGGGUUUUCACUUUUCUGUUUUGGCAUUUGGAAAAUGCUUGGUGUUCAUAAUCUCAUCGAAUUCCGUGAGAAGAUGCAAAAUCUCUUUCCACAAGUAAAACCAAAGAAGUUUGCACAAAAUGAACGGACAGAGUUUGCCAAUUUAACAGACCUGAUGCAAUAUAUUAUUGAUUUGGAUGCCAAAGAGAAACGGAAGAAGCAAUCCCUCAAGUCCAGUCUCAGCUCUGGAGUAACAGAAAACUGA